GAUUCAAGCGGGGAACGAACUUCUUAAACAGAGAGAGUUUUUGCUUAUAAAAGGGAGCCAACAGAAGGAAGAAAUUCCCUAGAGGAAAAAAGUAAAACCUAAGAAGAAUCGGAAAGAUUAUUGAUGAUUUUGUCCUGCGGCAAUAAUCACCAGCAGUUAAUUGUUCUACUGAUUUAUCAACAACAAUAAGGGUUCAAACUUAAUGGUUACUAGUGCAAUGUCAACUCCAUCUCCAGUCACAGAUGAUGAAGAUGACUAUGAGGAGGCUGAUGAAAAAAAUGGUCUCUUGGGAUUUAUGUUUGGAAAUGUUGAUGGUGCUGGUGAGCUUGACGCUGAUUACCUUGAUUCGGAUGCAAAGGAGCAUCUUGGUGCAUUGGCUGGGGAUUUGGGUCCAUCACUGACAGAUAUUGAUCUGUCAGUAAAAUUAGCAAAGGAAUCUGCAGAUGCUUCUGAAGAAGAUUAUGAUGAAAAGGCUGAAGAUGCUGUUGAUUAUGAAGACAUUGAAGAGCAGUACGAAGGGCCUGAGACUCGAGCCAUCUCAGAGGAAGACCAUUUGCUGUCAAAGAAAGAAUUUAUUGAUGCUAAAAUGCCAUUGGCCACUGCUGCACAUAGUACUUCUGUUUUUGGUGAGGAGAAUUAUGAUGAGGAGCCCGAGGGAGAUGAUAUUGAUGAAGAACAUACAUUGGUUUCAUCAGAAGAAAUUCCUCCUUCAGCAGGUGAAAAUCUUGAAUUGGUUUCUGAGGAAGAAAAUUCUCCUGCAAAUAUUAUGCCUUCUCUUGAACCAAUUGUAGCUGAUAGCCUGUCCGUUGAUUUGAAGGAUAUUCAAGAGGAUGAUGAUCUUCCAAAUAAAGAGGAGUUGAAGGAAAACACGGUUUCAUUGCCUAUUUUGUGCAUAGAAGAUGGAGUGCCGGUGUUAAAGUUCUCUAAACUUUUCAGUGUUCAUGUGCCCUUCAGAAAAAUGGAGCAGAUAAACCAUAGGUAUCCUAUUUCAAAAGGGAGGCUUGAAACAGUGGAUCCUUCUGAGAUGGUUGAAGAGGAUGAAGAAGAUUUUCUUCGGGGGUCGUGUCAAAUUUCGUCUAAUUCUAAACUAGGGGUUGUUUCUCAAUAUGAUGAUGCAUCUGUGAUAGCUAGUGAUGGAGGAUCAAUAAUGCUUGGUGUUGGGCAAGGGAUUGGUAUGAGGGAAUCACCAGCUUUUGAACAAACAAAAGUCACCCGUCUCAGUUCACAGCCAAUGAAGGAGAGUGUUUCUUUCGAUUUGGCUUCAGAACGGGUAUCACCAUCUUGUCCCCAUACUGACCUUCUCGAUCAGCAAGAUUGGGAAACUGAGAUCAUUUGCAACAGUUCUCCUCAAGUGGGUCCAGAAUCCCCUGAGAGGUCGAUAAUAUCUGGCAGUGAUAUUGAAGGUUCCUCUAGUGUAGAAAUAGAUUCGGGAAAUAAGACAGGAGAUUUCGAUUUAGAUGUCACAGUUAAACCCGCUGAAGAGGUUCAUUGUGUUUUCCUCAGCAGCUACCCUGUUUCUGUUGAACCUUUCGACUUUAGAAAAAUUUCAGGCUCGUCUGGCCUUCCUUUGAUGGAAAUGUGUCACCCCCAAUUAUUGAGAUUAGAAUCUCGUUCCAAGGAUGAUGGUAUAAGUCGUAUUAGCAAAAUGCUUUCGUUGAGAAACAUAGAAUUGCUGGAUGGGUCUUGGUUAGACCAAAUUAUUUGGGAAUUUAAACAAGAUCUUCCAAAACCUAAACUUAUCCUUGAUCUUCGGGAUGAGCGGAUGCUUUUUGAAGUUUCAGACGAUAAGGAUGGUGGAAAUCUCCGAUUUCAUGCUGGGGCUAUGUUAGUCUCUCGAUCUGUGGAGUCGAAUAGCGGAGAUUCUUUGGAUAUUCCUGGUCAAGGAGGAGAGGUGUCUGAAUUUAAUAUUUCUAAUGACAGGUAUUAUUUGAAUAGAAAAAUGUCUCAGCAAUCAGAAUCACACUCAAAAAAGCGCACAGCUCAUGGAGUCAAGAUCUAUCAUUCAACACCUGGUCUGAUGCUUCAAACUAUGAAGCCAAAGUUGAGCAAUAAAGACAUUGCUUGCUUUCAUAGACCAAAAGCCGUAUGGUAUCCUCAUGACAACAAAGUAGCAGCGGAAAAACUAGGGAAGCUAUCUACACAGGUUCCCAUGAAAAUAAUCCUGAAGAGCAUGGGGGGGAAAGGUAGUAAAUUUCAAGUGGCUGCUGAGGAUAUCGUAUCUUAUAUUAAAACAAGGGCCUCAAAAAAGCUAGAUUUCACAUCAUCAGAACUAGUUAAAAUCAUUUAUAUGGGAAAGGAGCUUGAAGACAGUAAAUCUCUUGCUAUGCAAAAUGUUCGUCCAAACUCUGUUCUACAUCUUGUGCGCACAAAUAUACAUCUGUGGCCAAGAGCCCAGAAGGUGCCUGGUGAAAAUAUGUCAUUACGUCCUCCUGGGGCUUUUAAGAAGGUGCCCGACCUUUCUGUGAAGGAUGGACAUGUCUUCCUAAUGGAAUACUGCGAAGAGAGGCCUUUACUUAUAGGGAAUGCUGGGAUGGGCGCAAGCCUCUGCAAUUACUAUAAAAAGUCAGCACCUAGUGACCAAGCUGCCUCAGCACUUCGCAGCGAAUGUGGUGGUAGUAGUGUUGGCACUGUUAUUUCGCUUGAUCCCGCGGAUAAAUCCCCCUUCCUUGGUGACAUUAGACCUGGUUGCACUCAGUCGUGUCUUGAAACAAACAUGUACAGAGCACCUGUAUUUCCUCAUAAGUUUCCCUCAACAGACUUCUUGUUAGUUCGGUCAGCGAAGGGAAAGCUUUCUCUUAGACAUAUAGACAGAAUACAUGUUGUCGGACAGCAGGAACCACAUAUGGAAGUUAUUUCUCCUGGGUCAAAAAAUCUCCAGACGUAUAUCGGAAACAGACUAUUGGUGUAUAUAUACCGUGUUUUUAGUGCCAAUGAGAAGCGUGGGAUGCCUCCGCGCAUCGGAGUAGAUGAGUUAGCUGCCCAGUUUCCUUCUUUGUCUGUACCCAUUCUUCGGAAAAGGUUGAAACACUGUGCUGAUUUACAGAAAGGAACAAAUGGGCAGUUAUUUUGGGUUAUGAGACGCAGUUUUCGGAUUCCAGUGGAAGAAGAACUUAGGAGGCAGCUGACACCUGAAAAUGUUUGUUGCUAUGAAAGCAUGCAAGCUGGGCUUUACCGGCUUAAACGUUUAGGGAUAAGCAGCCUGACGCACCUUACUGACCUAUGUUCUGCUGCAAUGAACCAACUUCCAGAUGAAGCCAUUGCGUUGGCUGCUUCAUCACACAUUGAGAGGGAGCUACAGAUAACCCCCUGGAAUCUUACUAGCAACUUCGUCACCUGUACAAAUCAGGACAGAGAAAAUAUUGAGCGACUUGAGAUUACAGGAGUCGGUGAUCCAUCUGGCCGUGGCCUAGGUUUCAGCUAUGUACGUGUUGCCUCGAAGUCCCUUAUAUCCAGCGCGGUACUGCAGAAAAAAAAAGUUGCUCCUCGUGUGGGAGGGACCACAGUCGGUGGAACAGAUGCUGUUCUGCGUAAGUUAAGCAACGAUGGGGCUCGCGAGGUGCUACUUAAGUUCAACAUUCCGGAGGAUACAAUUGCAAAACAAGGUAGGUGGCAUCGUAUCGCUAUGGUACGAAAGCUUUCUAGUGAGCAAGCGUCUGUAGGGGUUAAAGUUGAUUCAACAACCAUCGGCAAGCAUGCACGUGGCCAGCAGAUGUCAUUUCUUCAGCUACAACAGCAGGCCUGGGAAAAAUGUCAAAAAAUUUGGGAUCGACAGCUUCAGAAUCUUUCAGCUGCCGAGAACGACGAAAAUGAGAGUGACUCUGAGGCUAAUAGUGAUCUAGAUUCUUUUGCUGGGGACCUUGAAAAUCUGUUGGAUGCAGAAGAAUGUGGGGAAGCUGAGGUGAGUAGCAAUGAAUCUAAACAAAACAAUACUGAUGGUAUUAGAGGACUCAAAACUCGGAGGCAUCCACCUCAAGUUCAAGCAGAGGAAGAAAUUGAAGAUGAAGCAGCAGAAACAGCAGAAUUGUGCAGGAUGCUCAUGGAUGAAAAGAAGAAAAAGAAAGUUGUUAGGGGAGGGGAAGAGUUGAACUGGCAGCGAGAUUUAAGUGCUGAACGGAUCAAUAAAACUAAUGGCUGUGUUAAACAAGGUAUUCGUACAGCCCAGCCUGAUGGCCCUCCAUUGAUGUCAAUGGAGAACACUUUUCGUGAUCAAAAGAAGUUGGAAAGCAUCCUUGGUAAAAGGAACUUCUCUGGCAUCAGCAAAUCCAAGAAGGGAAAUCUGGAGAAUGAUAAGGUUAGCAAAAAGCACCCCUCAGGUAAAAGAGAACGUUAUGUGUGUAGUGCAUGUGGUCAGGAGGGACACAUGAGGACCAACAAGUACUGUCCUAGGUAUGGAGAAGAUAUGGACACACAUGUUGAAAACUCUGGCAUGGAGAGGAUAUCUGGGAAGCUUAACCCUCAUGAUUCCUCUGCCCAACCGAAGUCUUCAAUAAAGAAAAUAAUACCUAAAACCGCUUCUAGAAAUGUUCCUACAGAAGCCUCAGAGAAAAUUGAGAAAACCAAAACCUUCCAAUUGAAGGUAAAAUGUGGGCUCCCUGAUAAUCCUCGUGACCAGAUCAGUGCUGCAACACAAAGUUCUGAUAAACAAGAUGAAAUGGAGAGUAGAAUUAUCUCCAAAUAUAGUAAAAUAACAAUUUCCAGCAAGAUGAAAUCCGAGGACUUCUAUGGUGAACCUCAGAAGCAACCCUCGGUUGUAAUUCACCCACCUUCGGACAUAGAAAAGUAUCCUCGAAGGAAAAUUAUUAUCAAGCAACUAAAGGUGGAUCAGGUUAAAGAAGAAGUCCAUGAUGAUAUUCAGGAGGAGCAUAGAAAAACUGAGAAAAUGAUGCAGUUAAGUUUUGAGAUACUUAGAAAGCAAGAACAGAAGCGGCUUGCUGAUGAGACAGCAGCAAAAAGAAAAGCUAAAGAUGACAAGAAAUUCUGGGAAGAGGAAAAUAAAAGAAGGGAGAGGGAAAUAAUUUUGUGUCAAGAACGAGUUAUGCAAUUAGAGCAAAAUCGAUUAGCUGAGGCUAAAAGGUACCGUGAAGCCUUGCAGCAGAGAGAAAAGGAGGAACUAGAGAGGCAGAAAAUAAUAAAAAAGAAAAAGAAGGUAAAACUCGAGGAGACAGGGGAUGAUUAUUAUCUUGAGGAACCAAGAGGAUAUCGAACCAGCCGGAGAAUGCCAGAAAGGAGCUGUGCUGCAAAGAAGCGGCCUGCUGUCGACUCGUUUGCUCGGUGUGGUCCAGAAUAUUGCCAGCAAACUAAGCGCCAUAGAGGGGGUGGAGGACAGGUUGGGUUAUCAAACGCUCUUGAAGACAUUCUGGAUGGGUUAAAGAAUUCCGAGGUUUCAUACCUUUUCCUUAAACCAGUGUCAAAGAAGGAUGCACCCGAUUACUUGGACAUCAUAGAACAUCCGAUGGACCUCUCUACCAUCAGGGACAAAGUGAGAAGGAUGGAGUAUAAAACCAGGGAAGAAUUCCGGCAGGAUGUUUGGCAAAUUACCUACAAUGCCCACAUGUACAACAAUAACCGUAACCCAGGUAUACCACCACUUGCAGAUCAGCUGUUACAGCUCUGUGAUUAUUUCUUGGACCAGUAUGAUGAAAGGUUAACUGAAGCUGAAGCCGAAGCCGGCAUUUAAGUGAAACUCUAUAUUUUCUACUUGAACCAUAAUGUAUGUAAUUACAUUUGCUGGAAAUUGUAGAGUUAGAUGUUUCCACCAAAUCUGUGAAUAGAUUAGAUGUUAGUCA